AUGCUAUGUCUUUAGUAAUGCGUGUCUUGUUAAUCCCUGAUUGGUUCUUCUUAAUUGUUCUUCUUGAUUUGAUUGCCUAUAUUAGAAAGGACUUGAUUUGGGUGGGGUAGUAAUUUCUUCCAUGUGCUAAAAAGGUGGGUUAUUGGGCAGCAUGUAAUAGUUUAUGGCAGCUUGAGUUUGGAAACUUCCAAAAAGAUUUCUGCGACAAGAAAAGUAGGAAGAGCAGCACUAGCCUCUGAAGUGGGUCAUGGUGGAAGACACGGCCAAUUGAUUGGAUUCUGCUGUGCGAGUGUGGCAGAUUUUUCUCUGCUGAAGUUCCCCCCUCUAGAACCUGUGACUCCUUAUCCCUCCUCUGGGUAUUUAAGGCAGUACUUCUACACGGUCUGAGAAAGUAACUCUGCGUACGACACUGGGUCUCGUGAGACCCUCCACUCAGCUAGACGAAAGGGGAUAGAUCCCUGAACUAUACAACCGUAGACCUACGUAUACCUGACAACUGAAAAAUGCCGCUGACCCAGUUCCUGCUUCUCCUGUUUCCCCUGGUGGCGAGUUCGGCUCCUUUCGGCGAGGAAGAUGGUUCUGCCUUCAGAAACCUGGACACUCCUAAUGGGAGAGCCCCAGCUCAUUUGGGUGGUCCUCAUAGAGUACCCCCUCUAUCUUUCCUGAACUCCCCUUUCUUCAGAAGGAGACAAGUCGAGGCGCCCAGGCCAGUAAUGCCCAGCGUCGCCCACAGGGACAGAAUGGACUAUGAAGCCUUGCGUAGGAAGAUGGUGUGGGAGAAGGCCAUGCAGCAAGAUAAGGCCAGGUCCCGUCCUGACCAAGUGCUGCCGAUUGGACAAGAUGCCUUAAAGAGAUCGCGAUGCAACGCUCUGCCUUUUGUGCAGAUUGUCUUCAGGAAAAACUGUGCGCCGCUGCGUGUUCCCAACAAGUUCUGUUUUGGCCAGUGCAACUCUUUCUAUGUUCCAGGCUGGCCUUCUGGCCUAUCGCAGCCCUGCACAUCUUGUGCCCCCACCCGCUCCAAGCGCAUCUCUAUCCCUCUGUUCUGUCACGGCGGCUCACUUUCUUGGGAGGAGGUGGUCCUGGUGGAAGAAUGCGGAUGUGAGACCCGGUAUGAUCGUGAGCUGGCAGAAGUCAGCGGGGAUGGUUUCCUGCCAGUGUCCUAACUACAGAGGAGACCAAAAACCAGACUGUUCGACCAUGGGGCUUAUUAUAAUGGCCCCUGCACUAUUAGAAUCCUUUGCCACAGGAAAAGUGGAACCACUUAACGAGCCACGUAAAACGGUGACCUGUCUACAGUGUGUCUGACACAGUUCAACUCUAUUUUUUUUUUUUUUUUUUUUAAAUUCUUAAUCUAGGUUUUAACAUUGCAUUUGACGACCGUCCUUCAUUAGAAUGGGGGGCGAAAUGAGUUUCAACUGUGGAUUUUUAUUUGGUCCUUCAUGUAGUCUUUAUUUAAUUAUCUACUUUUGAAAGUUUUUGCACAUUCCUUGUAGCCUUCUGUGACUGCUUCACAAGUGGGACAGCGCCCUCUUGUGCCAAGUAUGGGUCAUGCACUUUCAGAGGCUAUUACUUGUUUUGUAAUGAACUGUAGAGUAACCUACAAUGCAGACUAUGCUUUAUUUUACAAGGUUUUUUCAUAUGUCUCAUGGUAUCCUGACUGGGCUGGUGCAGAAUUUUAAACCAGGGACCCAAUUUUUGCUUUUAUAUCAAUGUAUGUGUAUCCAUACUAGAUUGAUAGAUUUUAUUUUUGGCCAAUUCUUUGCUCUUACAAGAGAACUGGAUAAUUGAGGUAGUUGGGGGAAAUUUCCUCUGCAUGCAUUCUGCACAUCACCUAAGGAGGUGGCUGUGUGGAAUGGAAGCAGUACAAAGGAACUGAUGACCAGUACAUUAUCAAUUUAUUUUCUCUUCAGCCACCCUUGCCAUACUGAGUAGGGAGGCAGUACUAGCGAACCUGAGACUUGUAAUCUACAACUAUGUUGACAAAUGCUGGUUCUUUUGACUUACAAACAACUGUAAAUACCUUUUUUUUUAUUUUAUUUUUUUAUCUGGAAUAAAGAUUUUAUUUACAUUCAGUCUUGCAUUGUUUAAUGUUUGUUUCCUUCCCAUGUAAUGCAUAGGUACACAACCGGAGACUGCUGUAUCACUAGCUAGGCCUUUGUGGUUAGCAAAAUGAGGUAAUAAAAAAAUAAAAAAAUAAAAAUAGAACCUUCUUUGAAAACAA